AUGGACCACAUGUCCAUAAUAACCCAAGUUUCCAAUCCAAAGGAGGAGGAAAUUAUAUCCCUCAACCAGGAAAAAGCAUCCAAGUCCAACAGUCUAAAGAAGCAUAGAAGCCGGAGCAUCUUCAGCACAUUCUUCUGCUGCUUCCGCAACUACAAUGUGGAGACGCCAGUCAACAACAGCAACACACCGACCCUGCCUCCACUUCCACCUGAAGAGAACGGAUCACCACCAAAGCGUGACCAGGCCGAGGUCCUUCCUGUCCCUAGUCCACCAGCCAAAUACCUCCUACCAGAGAUGAAAAUAUCGGACUACGGUAAAAAGUGUGUUGUGAUCGACUUGGAUGAAACUCUUGUCCAUAGUUCAUUUAAGCCAAUCAGCAAUGCAGAUUUUAUUGUUCCAGUGGAGAUCGAUGGCACAGUUCAUCAGGUAUAUGUGCUGAAACGACCACAUGUGGACGAGUUCCUUCAAAAAAUGGGAGAACUGUUUGAAUGUGUGCUCUUCACAGCCAGUCUAGCAAAGUAUGCAGACCCUGUGGCAGACCUGCUGGACCAGUGGGGCGUGUUCAGAGCACGACUCUUCCGAGAGUCCUGCGUGUUCCACAGAGGGAACUACGUUAAAGACCUCAGCCGGCUCGGACGAGAGCUCAGCAACAUCAUUAUUGUUGACAACUCGCCCGCCUCGUACAUUUUUCACCCAGAAAAUGCUGUACCGGUCCAGUCAUGGUUUGACGACAUGAAUGACACAGAGUUGCUGGACCUGCUGCCUUUCUUUGAGGGACUCAGCAAAGAAGAUGAGGUUUACGGGGUCCUCCAGAAUCUGAGGGGCAGGUAG